UCUGACCAAAGUAAUUUCGAAACGGUUCCAGCAGUGGACUAUUGUGACGUCAUAAUGGUCGCACUACCAGUAAAAGAACACACCCAAAAGAAAUCUUUUGCUAAUAGAAUAGAAAAAACAAUAAUUCUCAGAAAUAUAAUCGACAUAUUUCAACACAGCAACAGCAGCAGCGAAGCAGUUCUUUUGCAAAAUGUCACAUCAGACAGGAAUUAAAGCCAAUGAUGCAUUGAAGAAAUUGUUUGCGAAAUGUCGUGACGGAAAAAUACGAGUACUGAAGAUUUCGAUAGAAAAUGAACAAUUGACUCCAGUGUCUAGUUCUAAGCCAAUAAACAAGUGGCAAGAUGAUUACGAUAAAAUGAUCAAGCCAUUAAUUGUGGAGAAUCAGCCAGCUUAUAUCCUUUAUAGAUUGGAUACGAAAUCAGCAGAUUCUGGUUAUGAUUGGUUAUUUAUAUCUUGGUCUCCUGAUACCGCACCAGUGAGACAAAAAAUGCUUUAUGCUUCUACUAAAGCUACAUUGAAGCAAGAGUUUGGUACAUCUUCGAUAAAAGAAGAACUGCAUGGCACUGUUCCAGAAGAUGUUACACUGGAUGGUUAUCAUAAGCAUAAGAGAAAUGAUACUGUACCUGUACCAUUGACAACAGCAGAGGAGGAAUUGGCUGAAUUGAAAAAGACUACUGCAACUACAGACUAUAGUGUGGAAACAAGACAUCAGACAUUAAGUGGUGUAGCGUUUCCAGUUACGGAUGAAGCUAAGCAGGCCAUUAUAGAACUCGCUAAAGGAAUUCAUGAAUAUGUCCAAUUAAAAAUUGAAUUGGAUGAAGAAAAGAUACAUCUAGUAACAGCUUGUGAUAUUUCUUUAGACAAAUUAUCUACUAAAAUUCCAUCCGAUGCUGCUAGAUAUCAUCUUUAUAAUUUUAAACAUACUCAUGAAGGAGAUUAUACAGAAAGCAUAGUUUUUAUAUAUAGCAUGCCGGGAUAUAGUUGCAGUAUUAAGGAAAGAAUGUUAUAUUCAUCAUGCAAAGCACCUCUUCUUGAUCUUAUCCAAUCUCUGGGAGUAACUAUAGCAAAAAAGUUGGAAGUAAAUAGUGGGGAAGAGUUAACAGAUAUGUUAGAGGAUCCUCCAAGCAUAAAAUACACAGCUGCAAUAACUCUCGCAACUCCAUCAACACCUUGUGCCCCUACUCAAUUCAUACCAGAGAAAAAAUCAAAACAGAAACGAUCUUGUGUUUUAAGCUAAAACUGGCCUAAAGCAUUUAUCUCUGCCAUUAUUAUUGCUUCUGCUAAUUGAAGUGUUUGUGAUGUUUUGCGCAUCAAAUAUCUUCCUUCAUAAAUUCCAGAAUAUAUAAUAUUGUAACAUCAUUAAUGGAGCAUUUAAAAUAAAAUAAUGGGUUUCUAAUGUUUCCAAUAUUAGAACAAAUUGCAAUAUAUAUUGUGAACUAAUUUAGAAACAGUAGAAAGCGCGCAUUAUAUAAAAGAAUAUUAAUCUCAGUGUUGUUAGCCAACAUUUAGAAUUAAUUUAUGUGUCAAAAUAAAUAUAUAAAUCUAUUUAAUGAAACAAAAUAGAUUUUAAAUAAUGUAUUUUUCUAAAUUGUAAAAGCAAAAAUGUCAGGCAUGUGAAAGAUUCUCAGUUACAAAACUCCAUUAUCUACUAAUAACUCAAUGUGAGAUGCCUAUAUAAUAGAACUCCAUAUAGUACGUAUUAUUUUAAAAAUACUAUAUGAUAUUAUUCAUUUAUAUAAAAAACAGUGCGAUGGAGUAAAAUCAUUUUGUUUGAUAUUAAAAGCUAAGCCUUAUUUUCCAGAUUUUAUAUUUGACAUAUAAACACUAUGUGUGAUAUGACGAGUAAAUGAAAUGCGAAUGUAAUUUAAUUAUAUAUAAAGAAUUUAACAUUCUAUUCACAUAUAGUUCUUUUUCAUUUUUUAUUUUAUAUAUACUUUUGUACGCUUGUGUGAUUCCUAUAUCUAAUAUACUAUACACACACACGCAACACACACACACUUACACAAUCUGAUUUAAGUAAAUAUGCGGGAUUAUUUCAUGCGCGAUUAAAGAUACGAAAAAAAAAGUUAUUAUACAAAAAUUAUUUUGUUUUGAAAAUAACGCGAUAUGUGAUGUGAUUAAUUUUUUUUUUUUGAUAGAACUAAAUGGAAGAAAUUUCAUAGUUAACUUUAUUUUUUUUAAUGACAUAAUAUAUUUAUUUAUCUAUAAUGUGAUAACAUGAUUUAUAAUUUUUUGGUAUCUUUAAUUGAUUACGAAAUAAUCACAAUAUAUUUACUUACAAUUAACACACGCACACGCGCGGCGC